CCGAGUAUACAUCCCACUUUUACAAUUAUACCCUUCCUUACAAGUUACAACAUCGAAGAAAGAAAAGGAAAACACGAGAUCAUCGUCGACUUCCAUUGUUGGAAGCUUGCAAUUGCCACUGAAACUUUACCAAUUUCCUGGGAAGCAAUUCCACCAUUUUCCCUCAAUCAAAUCAAGAAAAAUUGAUCUGAAUAGCAGAUCUGUCGCUAAACAAGGAAGGCGAAGAUGGUGUUAGUAACUGCAGUUCGAGAUUACAUCAAUCGGAUGCUUCUAGAUAUCUCCGGCAUGAAAGUUCUUAUUCUCGAUUCUUCCACGGUUAGUAUUGUCAGUGUUGUCUAUAGUCAGUCUGAUUUACUGAAGAAGGAAGUGUUUUUGGUAGAAUUGGUGGACUCCAUCUCCAAGUCAAAGGAAUCCAUGUCCCAUCUUAAAGCUGUGUACUUCCUUAGACCCACAUCGGAAAACAUCCAGCACUUGAAACGUCAGCUUGCUAGCCCUAGAUUUGGAGAGAUUCACCUUUUUUUUUCGAACAUACUGAACGAUACUCAGAUUCACAUUUUAGCAGAUUCAGAUGAACAUGAAUCUGUGCUGCAAGUUCAGGAAAUUUAUGCAGACUUUAUUGCUGGUGAUCCUUGUCAUUUUAGUCUUAACAUUUCUUCAAAUCACCUCUAUAUGCUACCAGUGGCUAUGGAUCCUUCAAAUUUGCAACACUAUUGUGAUCGAAUUGUUGAUGGCAUAUCAGCAGUUUUCUUGGCACUAAAACGCCGACCUGUUAUCAGAUACCAGAGGACAUCUGAUAUUGCAAAAAGAAUAGCACAGGAUACCGUGAAAUUGAUGUAUCAGCAAGAGAGUGGUCUCUUUGAUUUCCGGAGAUCAGAAACGUUGUUGCUUGUAUUGGAUAGAAGGGAGGAUGCAGUUACUCCGUUGCUAAAUCAAUGGACUUAUCAGGCGAUGGUUCAUGAAUUGAUAAACAUCCAAGAUAACAAGGUUGAUUUGAGAACUUUUGGAAAGGUUCCAAAAGACCAGCAGGAGGUUGUGCUGUCUUCAGAGCAAGAUUUAUUCUUCAAAGCUAAUAUGUAUGAGAACUUUGGAGACAUUGGAAUGAAUAUCAAGCGAAUGGUAGAUGAAUUCCAGCAAAUUGCAAAGAGUAACCAGAAGAUUCAGACAAUUGAGGACAUGGCCAAAUUUGUUGAUAAUUAUCCCGAGUACAGAAGAAUGCAGGGGAAUGUUUCAAAGCAUGUCACACUGGUGACUGAAAUGAGUAAGAUAGUUGAGGAGAGAAAGCUUAUGGUAGUGUCUCAAACAGAACAAGAGUUGGCUUGCAAUGGUGGACAAGGGGCAGCAUUUGAGGCUGUGACAAAUCUUCUCAACAAUGAAAAUGUCUCUGAUAUUGAUCGUUUACGGUUGGUAAUGUUGUAUGCUUUACGCUAUGAGAAGGAAAGCCCUGUCCAGCUGAUGCAACUUUUCAACAAGCUUGCUUCCAAAUCUGCAAAGUACAAGCCUGGGCUGGUACAGUUUCUUUUGAAGCAAGCAGGUGUUGAUAAGCGUACUGGGGACCUGUUUGGGAAUCGGGAUCUAAUGAAUAUUGCUCGUAAUAUGGCCCGUGGACUGAAGGGUGUUGAGAAUGUAUAUACCCAACAUCAACCGCUUCUGUUUCAGACAAUGGAAAGCAUUUCUAAGGGGCGUUUGAGGGAUAUUGACUAUCCGUUCGUUGGAAAUCACUUCCAGCCGGGAAGACCACAAGAUGUCGUCAUUUUUAUUGUCGGAGGGACUACUUAUGAGGAAUCACGCUCUGUUUCCCUGUUUAAUUCCACCAAUUCUGGGAUUCGUUUUAUACUCGGAGGCACAACAGUUCUCAACUCUAAAAGGUUCUUGAAGGACCUUGAAGAAGCCCAGAGAAUGAUCCGGUCCAGCAGUACCGUAGUUUGAAACUUAAAUCAUUCACUUCAGACCAGUACUAAUUCAAUACAGCAUGUAGCCAUGUCGGGUAAAGAACACUUGUCCAAUUUUUGAUGGAAGCUGAGCUCGGCAUAAUCCAUUUCUUCGGCCACAUUGCUAUACUUUCCGGUCUCUUGGUGGCUGUAUGAGCAUGAGCCCGUCAAUUAUUGUGCAGGGUUAUAAACUGUUGGACUAUCAAAUCUCGAUGAGGUUAGCCAACACUAAGUCUCUUUGGCGGACAAUGACAAUGUAGAGGAUGUUUGUUGAUUGGAAUUUGUAUUCUUCUUUGUCUGAAAGGUAAGUUGUAUCUAUGAAGGGGAAGAGAGGCCAAUGUAGAAAUUAGACAGGCUGUUUUUUUUUGUGUAUGUUUCUUUUUUCUCCUGGGCUUGUACAUUUAUGUAUGAGAGAAGAUAAUUGGAAACAGGAAUCGUAUUGCCAUUUGUAGAGUUUAUUUAUGAAUUCAGGUUUCGAAGUUCCCUUAU